CGCGCCUUGAGAGCGCGUCAGCUUUGCAAAAGCACAUCACUUUCUUAAUUUCCAUUUUCCCACCUUUAAACACUGCUCAAAAAAAGUACUACUCACACUAAACACAACACACAGUUCACACACACACUAUCAACACUGAAAGUUCAUGCCCUAAAAUUGCAAGGUUGUAGAAAUGGCGGAUGAUAAAGGAUCUUCUCUCGUUCAUCUACUAGUAAUUGUACUUAGCUUAACCGCUUUCGGUUUCGCCAUUGCCGCUGAACGUCGCCGCAGCACUGGUACUCUGCAUGAUGAUAAUGUUACGAAUCGUACAUAUUGUGUUUACACCUCAGACGUUGCCACUGGAUAUGGAGUAGGUGCUUUCUUGUUUCUUCUUUCAGGCGAGGCAUUGCUUAUGGGAGUGACAAAAUGCAUGUGCUUCGGAAGACCUUUAGCUCCUGGUUCAAAUCGUGCAUGGGCCAUUAUAUACUUCAUAUCAUCAUGGCUGACAUUCCUAGUUGCAGAAGCAUGUGUAGUUGCUGGAGCAAAGCAAAAUGCUUACCACACCAAGUAUCGCGAUAUGAUCUUAGCAGAAAACUUUUCCUGCGAAACACUAAGAAAAGGUGUCUUUGUUGCUGGAGCAGUCUUUAUCGUUGCAACCAUGAUCCUAAAUGUGUACUUCUACAUGUACUUCACGAAGGCUGCUACUCAGCCAGUUCAUAAGACAAAUCGUACUAGCUCAAACGUUGGGAUGGCUGGUUAUGCAUAAAUUUUUCGGAAGAAACUUUAGCCUAGGCUCUAUAUUACCUACUACAUUGUUGGCACUAUGGUUGUAUAAUGUACUACUCCAUACAUGAUGGUCUUUGGUAUUAAAUCUGGCUAUUUUUCCUUCUGUUGUUGGGUAUUUGCUAAGUAAUAGAUUAGAUAGAUAAUAGAUGAAAUUAAGAGUAUAUAUGAAAUAUUAUGUUCAAAAGAAUUUCCUAUUCUCAUAGUGUUAGUAUUAUUCUUCCUUUUUUA